UAGUGCUCUUGCUCUUGGCUGUUUUUUCAUCGACUGUUUAUUGUGUUUACCGUUUUUUCAAUGAUGCUGAUUUGUUUAUAUAUAAGUUAUUUGUGAUAUGGACUAAACAUGCCAUUUCAUGUCAAUCUUGACAAGUACGGAGAAAUGUCCAAGCGUACAUUUGUCAGUGGCUUCAGAGGAUCGAGUGGUACCUAUAAUGUUAGAGAAAACGAGUUGAUUCAAAUUCGUGAAAGACAACAAAGCAAUAACUCAAAUGCUACCUCGCCAUCAAUUAAGUCAAUUAAAACAACAAGAUGCAAAGUAAUCUUUCUUGAUGAUGUGCAUCAUGUGUUUACAUUAGAUGAAAAUAGCAAAGGACAAGCUCUCUUGGAUUUAGUUUUUGAACAUUUGGAGCUCAUCGAAAAAGAUUAUUUUGGUCUCCAAUAUGUCGACUCUUAUCACCGAUCUGCUGGUUUAAAUACUUCGUUUUCUGUUAAUGGACAUCUUUCUCUCUCUCAAAAUUCAACUUUGAGUAUCAAUAGUCCCUCAACGCCAAUAUCGACUCAUUCUUCUAAGACAUCAUUUAAUUCUGAACAAAUGAAAUGGCUUGAUGCAAACAAAUGUCUUAAAAAACAAUUAAUAGGAAACUCUUUGCAUACUUUGUAUUUUCGUGUAAAAUUUUACGCAUCGGAUCCGAGUAAACUUCAAGAAGAAUAUACUAGAUACCAUUUUUUCCUUCAAUUACGGAGAGAUAUACUCGAUGGUAAAUUUGUGGUCCCGCCCGCUUCAGCAGUCCUUUUAGCUAGCUACAGUGCUCAAUCUGAACUCGGUGAUUUCAACCCUGAUGAACACAAACCAGGUUAUUUAUCAGAGCUUCGAUUACUUCCAAAUCAAACUCCAGAAAUUGAAAAGAAAAUUAGUGAGAUUCAUCAGCUCCAUAAAGGCCAAACUCCUGCUGAUGCUGAAUACAAUUUCCUUGAUCAUGCCAAAAAAUUAGAUAUGUAUGGUAUCGAACUUCAUUGGGCUAAGGACCAAAAUGGAUCUGAUAUUCAAUUAGGUGUCACCUCGUCUGGCAUAGUUGUUUUCCAGAAUUGUAUUAAAAUGAAUACUUUUUGUUGGGCCAAAAUAAUCAAGAUCUCAUUCAAACGAAAACGUUUUUUCAUACAAUUGCGACGAGAAGGGCUUGAAAAAUUUGAUAAUAUGAUCGGCUUUGACUUAAACAAUUAUCGAUGCUGUAAAACUUUAUGGAAAAGCUCUAAAUUUCGUUAUAGUGGUAAAACAGAGUAUCAAACUUUAGAAGAGGGCAAAAAACGAGUUCGCCCGGAAAAAACGUUCCAACGGACAGCAAGUCGUCGUUAUGCUAGACAAACUGUUCCUACCUUGUGUCCAUCUGGUAGAAACACAGUGAUCUCAAAUUCAAAUGUUUCAUCAAGUUCAUCACCUCGGCGUAACUCACUCUGGCCUUCAAAUAAAUUAGUCAAUGGCAUUGGAGGUGCCUCAUCAACAUCACCUGUCUCAGGUCAUGGUUCUGUUCCUACAGUGGGCUCUGGAUCACUUAGAUGUGGCUCAGUUUCACCCAACACUAAAUCAUUGCCAUGUUUCUCAUCAGAAACCACUGCCUUUGUUACCCAUCAUCAACAACAAAGGAUAACAGUUGAUGGUGUUGACGGAAACAUUGGUAAAACAAUUGAUUCAAAUCGCUCCAAUAGUCAAAAGAACCUGUCUCGACAAACUUUCACUGACGAUACAAGGAUCCGGGAAAGUGCUACAUCAGAUGGAAGUCCAUCUAAUUACCGUCCAUCGCCGCUCUCUUUUCGCAAUUUACCAUUUAUUGACAGUAACGGUCCCAUCAGUUUUAGUAAAGAACCCUCAUUAGAACGACAAACCGAUGCACCUUCACCAACACCACCUGAAUCAUCUUCAUCUCCCGUAUUAUCUUCACCUCAACCGGCAACAUCACCAACAUCCUCAACCGGCAAAGGAAACAUCAAAAAUCUCCGUCUAAGCUUGUAUACCGAUGAAUCUCCUACUCAGGGACAACCUGCUCUCAUAACUAUUCGCAUGAAACCUGAUGAACAAAAGGGUUUGGCUUCAAUGUUAAGGGGAGGUGCGGAUCAAAAUCUGCCAGUAUUAGUGUCCCGUGUUGCUCCAAAUACUCCUGCGGACUCAACUAUACCCAAAUUGAAUGAAGGAGACCAGGUUAUGUCAGUCAAUGGUAAAGACGUUGAGGGUCUUACCCAUAACCAGGUUAUCAAAUUGAUCCGAUCAACUAAGGACACUGAUGGUGAAUUGAUUUUAACCAUACGACCACUUGUCUUUUCAAGAGAUAUUACAAAUGAGGAUGGACAAGAUGACGAGGAGCCACCGUUUCAAUACAUUCCCGUUGAUGCUUCACCUGCAUCCAGAUCAAGAACAAAGUGUGAUCGACUUUUAGAAUCCAUUAUGUUACUUAGAGAAGGCCUAGAAUCUGGAGCCAUCAUAUUUCAAUUUGAGCAACUCUAUCGUAAAAAGCCAGGAGAGGGAAUGACCAUUGCCCGUUUACCUGACAAUCUUUGCAAAAAUCGCUACAGAGAUAUAUCACCUUAUGAUUCAACUCGGGUUGUAUUGAAAAACUGCAUCUCCGGGGAUUAUGUGAAUGCUAGUUUUGUCAAUAUGGAAAUACCAGGAUCUGGUAUAGUCAAUAAAUAUAUUGCUACUCAAGGUCCACUUUCAAGUACUUGUGAGGAAUUUUGGCAAAUGGUUUGGGAACAAGGUUGUAGUCUAAUUGUAAUGGUUACACCUUUAAUUGAACGGGGUAGAUCUAAAUGUCAUAAGUACUGGCCUAAUGUGGAAGAAUCGGAAAAGUAUGGAGAUCAUUUGAAAAUUUUUAGUUCAUACGAAAGUGGAAAUUCAUCUAUGGUUGAAAGGCAUUUAAAAAUAACCAAUCUAGAAACAUCUGAAGUAAGGGAUGUAGUGCAUUUUCAGUAUCUUGCGUGGCCUGACCAUGGUGUACCUGAUGAUGCCACUGAAUUUCUAAAUCUUAUUGGUCAAGUUAGAAAACAUAGAUCUUCUUUCACUGAUCCUAUUAUAGUCCAUUGCAGUGCUGGUAUUGGUCGAACUGGAGUACUCAUUUUAAUGGAAACAGCAAUGUGCUUUAUAGAAGCUAAUCAACCAAUUUAUCCUCUGGAAAUUUUAAAGGCCAUGAGAGAUCAAAGAGCUAUGCUUAUUCAAACUUCGAAUCAAUUUCGCUUUGUUUUAGAGGCGAUAGUUGAAGUAUACAAAGAAGAAAUUGUAAAACCUUUGGUCCCGAUUGACACUGAAAAGCAAUAAAUUAACUUGUAUACAGGCAUGAUUAUACCCAUUUCUGUAACCAGACAUUAAUUGAUUCGAUGCUCAAAAUCAAAGGACUGCAAAAUACUUUGAAGUUCAUCCACCCACCAGCCCAUAUUCAGUAAUGGACAAAUAAUUGUGAUAAAAUGUGAACAAUCAUUUUUGAACACUGCGAAUACCUAGCAUUUGUUUUAUUCGUCAAAAGCACAGUUUAUAACUUAACCAUUCAUCAUAAAAUGACCAAAAGUUCCAAUUUAUAAUUACUCAAUGAAUUGCUAUUUAAUUUAUAAAAUGUAUAACUCCACCACAUAUGAAAGACUGGAUUGACUAUAAUUGUGUAAACAGAUAUCGUUUAACUUAUAGUCAAUUCCAGUUUUGUUAAUAAGUUGUAUAUUGUAAGUCUGAAUUAUAUCUACCCAUCAUUAGAAACAGACAAAAUUAUCUUUAGAAAUAAUUACAAUAUUUAUGUUUAUAUUUUUUGACUUUUUGUUUAAUUAAUAAUAAAUUAACUUGUAUACAUGCAUGAUUAUACCCAUUUCUGUAACCUUAAAUUAAUUAAUUCGAUUAUCAAAAUCAAAGAACUGCAAAAUACUUUGGUGAUGAAAUCUGGAUCAAACUCAAUCUUCUCAUAGACACAAGAAGAUCCAUUUGCAAGCAAUUUAUAUGUUUUUUGAUUGAGUCUGUAUCAUUGGAAUAAAAAAUUUUCCAUUGGC